AUGAUGGAGAUUGCGACCCCCGUCAUUGCCGGCAUGGUUCUAGGAAUCGUUUGCCUCAAUUUGGUGGUUGCAGCCGCCUGGUUCUGGGUUCGUAAGUCCCGUUCAAAGGCAGAGGGGCAGGAGACACCAUCUGGGGACCAUCCAUCACGUCCGACUCAUUCAAUCGCGUCGACGAACGACGCUCGAAACCCAAUCCCCUCGACUUCUCUUCAACCAUCUAUACAACCUCCCAAUAUGCACCAGAUAGCCGACAAUACCGUAUCGAGGCAUUCGUUCGGCUCUAUCCUAGAUUCUUAUUCCCACCCACCAUAUAAGAAACCACCCACUGCAACUCUGGCGGACAGAAAACGACUAUCUGCAUGUUCUGCCUCCGUGACUCUAGACUCGUCGUCCUUGUAUUCGGCAGACUCUGCACGUGAGGAGGGCCGGGAUACUGUUCCCCACACUUGCACUUCGCUGCGGCCCAAUCCCCGUGUGCCAUACCCUACCCCUCGACCCUUGUGGCCCCACCAGCAAAUCAACGGUGACCACGGGGAAAGUAUGUCGUCUGUUUGUCCUAGCGCAAGCCCGGCUCCUCGAGUCAAAUGGACAGCCCCUGGUCGAAUCGAUUGCGCGGUACCGACGAUAGAAAGCACGCCUAGCUCGUACGUACACAACUCACCCGCCUCCACCUCGGAAAAUUGGGCCUAUUCUCCCAGAUCACCCCUUCAACCAGUAUCACCGCUUCGACUGGAAAGGAAACCGUUGUUCCUCUCGCGUAACGCAGCCCCGCCUUCCAUCAAUUCGAGUUCACAACGUCUAUCCCUGGUGUCAAGCUCUUCUGAGCAGCCACUCUUGCCGGGCCGUCAUGGCAAGGCUGAUGCCACACACUAUGAAGACAAGACUGAAGCUUCAUCAAGAGGAACCACCUUCGCCGCCUAG